GUAAAAAUAAGUUCCAGUUGCUUCCAAAUAUAUAUAUGUAAAGCAUUCUGGGGCUCACGAGUGGGGCAGUGGAGCAAGACUGGGUCUAUAGAUUGGCGAUUUUUUUUAUUAGGCGUCGCUUAUCUAAUGUACACCGCGGAAGACCCUUUUUGACGCGUAGGGAUCUUGUGUCUGUCGGGUUGUGUCACGACUCGAGUCUCGCUUACAGAGGGCGGCUGCGCAGAGAUUGGAGGACUCGGAGCGUGUGCAGCGCGCGGGACAGACUGUUAGCAUCCGGAGCCGAGGAAGGACUAAAUCAUGACUGGAAGAGCCAGAGCAAGGGCACGUGGGAGAGCACGUGGUCAGGAGUCCACAACACCUGGACAGACACCACUGCCUGGGCUUAAACCAACCCAACCACCACCAGCCGACACAGAACUUGUUGGCCGUGGACGUCAGAGAGGCACGACUGCAGUUCCCAGGCCACAAGCAGGAGAUGCUGCUAUCUCAGCUGGAUUUCAGGACAUUUCAAUUGGAGAUCGUGGUGGCCGAAGACGUGACUUUCAUGAUCUCGGCAUAUGUACACGGCAAACACUAGAACACGUCAGAGUUUCUAAGACAGGUGUUACUGGGAAAACAAUUCAAAUAUCUUCCAACCAUAUCAAAUUGGUUGCACGACCACAGUGGGUUUUAUACCAGUAUCACAUUGACUUCAAUCCACAGAUGGAAUCUAAACGCCUAAGGUCUGCUUUACUAUAUCAGCAUGAUGAGCUGAUUGGAAAAGCUCAUGCUUUUGAUGGGACAAUAUUAUUCUUGCCCAAGAGACUGAAUAAGGUCAGUGAGGUGUUCAGCCAAACCCGUAAUGGAGAGAACGUAAAAAUCACAAUUACGCUGACAAAUGAGUUGCCUCCUUCUUCACCUACAUGUUUUCAGUUUUACAAUGUGAUGUUUCGAAGGCUUCUCAAGAUGAUGAGUAUGAAACAAAUAGGAAGAAAUUAUUACAACCCUAAUGAUCCUAUAGAAAUAAGAAACCACAAUUUAACAAUUUGGCCAGGCUUCACCACUUCAAUCUUGCAGUAUGAGACUAGUAUUAUGCUUUGCAUUGAUGUCAGCCAUAAAGUUCUUCGUAGUGAAACUGUUCUGGAUGUAAUGUACAACCUGUAUUCAAGAGUUGGACCACAUAACUUCCAUGAUGCCUGCAGUAAAGAACUUAUUGGGCAAAUAGUUCUUACCAAGUACAAUAAUCGUACCUACCGCAUUGACGAUAUCAACUGGGAUUUUACUCCAGAGCAAACAUUUAAGAAAUCAGACGGCAGUGAAAUCAGCUUCAUGGACUACUACAGAUCACAAUAUAACAAACCAAUCACGGACUUAAAGCAGCCUGCUAUUAUCCACAAUCCCAAGAAGGUAAAAGCAGGAUUACCAUCUGGACCCGUUUUGUUGAUUCCGGAAUUUUGCAGUUUAACAGGUUUAACUGAUAAAAUGCGAAGUGAUUUUACUGUAAUGAAAGAUCUAGCAAUUUACACCAGGCUAGCACCAGAGCAAAGAGAACAACAGCUGGGGAAGUUUCUGAACUACAUUCACAAGGAUGAAAAUGUUCAGAAAGAACUUCGGGACUGGGGUCUAAACUUUGACACUAAACUCCUGAAUUUUGGUGGAAGAGUUGCUCCUCCAGAGAAAAUUUUACUGUCAAACAGAACAGCUGAGUACAAUCCUCAAUUUGCAGAUUGGUCUAGAGAAAUAAAAGGACCAAGCCUAAUACAUGUGAAACAUCUGGAUAAUUGGGUGUUGAUAUACACAAGAAGGAACUACGAUGCUGCUAAUGCGCUUACACAGAACCUUUUUAAGGUGUCACAACAAAUGGGAAUUAGAAUGAGCAAGGCAGUUAUGGUUGAAGUAGAUGACAGCACUGAUGCAUAUGUAAAAGUGCUACAGCAAAAGGUUCAAUCUGAUACACAGAUGGUUGUUUGCAUUUUAUCCAGUAAUCGAAAGGACAGAUACGAUGCAAUCAAGAAAUAUUUGUGCGUCGAUUGCCCUGUUCCAAGUCAGUGUGUAAUUGCAAGGACUUUAAGCAAACCACAAACUCUACUUUCUGUUGCUACAAAAAUUGCUUUACAAAUGAACUGCAAAAUGGGCGGAGAACUCUGGAGCUUGGAAAUUCCACUGAAAGAAAUGAUGAUUGUUGGCAUUGAUUGUUAUCAUGACACUUUGGCUGGAAAAAGAUCUAUUGCUGGAUUUGUUGCCAGUAUGAACCAAGGCAUGACUCGGUGGUUUUCUCGAUGUAUUAUGCAGGACCAAAAGCAAGAGAUUGUUGAUGGGCUCAAAGUGUGUAUGCAAGCGGCUUUAAAUGCCUGGUAUGCUUGCAACAAAGCUCUUCCAUCACGUAUCAUGAUUUAUCGAGAUGGAGUUGGAGAUGGUCAGCUCAAAACAAUUGUCGACUAUGAAAUUGCCCAGUUGCUAAGUUGCAUAAAAGCUGCAGGAAGUGACUACAGUCCCAAGCUUUCCUUUAUUGUGGUGAAGAAACGGGUUAAUACAAGAUUCUUUGCUCAUUUCGGUGGCAGACUCCAGAACCCACCUCCUGGGACAAUUAUAGAUGUAGAAGUCACCCGUCCUGAAUGGUAUGACUUCUUCAUUGUCAGUCAGUCCGUAAGACAAGGGACAGUUUCUCCCACUCAUUACAAUGUUGUGUAUGACAGCGCUGCCUUGAAGCCAGACUAUAUGCAGAGAUUAACAUACAAACUCUGUCAUCUUUAUUAUAAUUGGCCUGGAGUAAUCCGAGUGCCUGCACCAUGCCAGUAUGCCCAUAAACUAGUGUUUUUGGUGGGCCAAAGUGUCCACAGAGAACCACAUCUGUCACUUGCUGACCGCCUUUACUACCUUUAGGCUCCAAUAAUGCAAAGUGUACGCCUUUACUACCUUUAGGCUCCAAUAAUGCAAAGUGUACGUAUAUUGUUUAAUGUUAUGUUUUCACCACAAAUUUGUCUAGAAAGACUUGGUAGUGAGUAUAUCUAUAUAAUAUAGGUUAAAAAUGUUGGGUCAUGUUAAAUUAUGGUUCCUUUGCACAGACAUCAGUAAUACCUUUUGAUUAUGGAUGUGGCAUGUUUGCUUUGUAGAACAUUUACACCUGCAUUUAUCACAGAAUAGUGAGGUAAAUCUAAAUUCAUUUUAUAGUAAAAAAUAAAUAAAUAAAACAGUUUAAUGAGACGUUAUUUUAUUAUGACAAUAAAUUGCAGAAAAGCAAAAAUGUUUUUUAUGUUAUCUAAAGUUGUUGAAAUAUAUGACAUUGCAAUUCAAGUAAGAGUCGUUUCUUUAAAAGCUGCAGGAAUUGUUCUCUAUGUACUUGUUAUGUUGAGGCUGUUGACUUUAACAUUCUACAAUAAACCUCAAGAUUAAAAAAUAUAUAUACUCUCCACUUUAUAAAAAUUUAAGUUUUUGAAUAUCCAGUCAAAUUCCUUGUCCCAGCUGUGCCUUCUAGAGGAAAUGGCAUCCAUUGGGUCAGUAGUAGUUCUCUUUUGUCUUAUCUUUGGUUGGAUUAACCUUUAAAUAUAAUGAAAAGUACUGUGGUGCAUCACAUUUGAAGGACCUGAUCUGAGAAAUAAAACAAUUUGGAGGCUUAUGAUGUAAAGUUUGCCCAUUAUGCAUCAUAGCCUAUUACAUUGAUUUGUGGUUUGUUUCAUUUACACUAAAUGCAGCCAUUAUGUAACGUGUUUGUUAUUUAAAAUGUAAAGCUUAGAAACUACGUAAAUGUUAGCAUUAAAGUUGGGUAAUUGCAAGUUUGUACUUAAGUUAUGUUGAAAGUAUCAAUAAAAAAAACUCUUUAUUUGGAAAA